GCCAGAGCUGCCCUCUCAAGAUGGUGAGAUGGCCAAUAACUGUGGUCGCAGUCUGCUUAUUGAUCACGCAAGAGCUGUAUGUCUCUCCACUUGAGCUACGAGACAGUCUGAUACCUGUGACUGACAAGGCCAACACUUCUCUUUCAGUGGAGCUGAUGCCCAUGGUAGGCAGCGGAGAUAGAGAUUGGGACCCAGUUUACAAUGUCUUUGUGUUGGUCAACAAUUCAAAACCAGUAGAAAACACUGACACCGUUUUACUAACUUGCAAUGCCUCAGGCUCCGUGCAAUCGCGAAAAUGGCUCAAAAAUAGCCGAGACGUCCAGUUUAAUUCCAGAACGCUACUUUCUUCAGACAAUGUCACCCUGACUAUAGUCAAUGUGAACAGAAAUGAUUCAGGAAAAUAUCAAUGCCGAGCCAGCAAUAACUUUAGCAGUGAUUCCGGGCAUACCAUCCUGCGGAUUAAUUAUGGACCAGAGAAUGUCUCCAUCACACCCUCAGGGCGGAUUCAAGUCGAAGUGGGAAAAAUGCUUACCUUACGUUGUUCUGCUGUGUCAACCCCACCUGCUCAAUAUCGAUGGUACAAUGGGAGUCGACUCUUAAACACUGGACAAGUUUACAACAUUGACUCGCUGAGCAGGAAUAAUAGUGGGAAUUAUACUUGUCAGGCUAAAAACAUCAUUACUAAGGAAAGCCGCAAUGUUACUGUCCAAGCGAUUAUACAAGGCCAACUCACUGACAGCAGGGAACUAAGUGAUGGAGUCAUUGUAGCCAUAGUAAUUUCAGUUCUUCUCAGUCUCGGUUUGAUCAGCGGGAUCAGUGCAUGGAUGAUCACAAGGAAGAAGGAUGAGAACGAAGCUCAAACACAGGGACAACACGAAAGGAACGUGAGUCAAACAGCAAACGAAUACUGCAAUGUAUUGGUUGAAAAUUCAGCAGCGACAUACGAAAAUAUUCCAAGAAUAAAAAAGGACAGCGAUACAAAUCUACCAGAUGGGAACCCAUUCUACUUGGAAUUGCAGCCGUAAGAUUUGACUGCAUACUGUGAACUGACAGAAACUUUAUGUCGGUCUGCCAAAACCACCUGGAAUUCAUUCUCUACUGGGAAUAUCGUCUGUGUCAAAGU